CUAAUAAAAAUGGAUGUGUUUUAUACCACGUUGGAUGCUCUCCACGCAGCUCUGGAAGCUAUGGAGCUCUGGGCGGGAUUAGGGCAUCCAUUAUCUUGUCGUCGCUAGGGUUGCUCGCGGCAAUGGAGCGCUCCGGGGCGAGAUCCUGGCAAGCUCGCUAGCAGCAGCAGGGCAAAUGCGGCCAUCGAAGAAUGGCUUGUAGCAUGCAAUUGUGGUGUGGGAAUUCUCUUUGCCCGUGGCAUUCGUGCUGGAGCUUGAAUUCGUGCCAGUCCCAGGCAAGGAGCAGCAGCUUUGCGGUUUCCAGGCCAUUGGAAUUCCAUCGUGGUCACCAGCGAGUUUCUCCCCGCAGAAUUCCUCGCCAUCGCAUCGCUAGGGUAGUUGCUACUGGCGAGGAAGUUGAGCAGCAGUUUGUGGAGGAGCCAGGGAUCGUUGGGACGAUUGCCAUUCCCUUCGAGAGCAGCAGAGAUGAUCCUCCGCGGCUAGAAGAAGAUCACGGAUCAUCCGAGACACCGGGCGUGAUUGACUGUAGUGGAAUUGCGACAAGGACUUUGCCGGAUUCUGCUACUACCAGCGUGAGAGUUUAUAAAUCCUAUGGAGAUUCCGAGCUUCUCUCGAGGUGUACGUCGGUGGCGGAGAGAUCCGCCAUAGCGUUGGCCACCAUGGCUUAUGAGCGUGCAAAGAGAUUGUUUAGCGUUGUGUCAGCUAAUCUAACUGACCUUGAGAACAAUUUCAAGAGACGCUCCAAGGCUUUCGCAAAUCUUCCACCCUCUUCUCUUGAUGAAGAUGACGAUGCAAGAGAUGAGUUGAGAGAGUUGAAUGCACGGCUGGAACAAGAGCUUAGUGAGAAGGAUCAUGAACUUCAGCUGGCACUGAUGGAAAUAAGAACAGCGCAUGAGCAUUUAAAAGCGCUCCAGGAUUCAACUCCAAAAGUCAUUCAUGAAGUCGAUGUGAUUCUAGAUGAUGCGGUCGACAAAUUAAGCAGUGAUAAUCAGCUCAAUGAUGCUGAAGAAAAAUCUCAACAGGACCUUCUCAUCGUAGAGGAAAGAGUGGCGAGUUUAUUGGACAAAGUUGGCCACUUGAAUGAACUUGUUUCUGGUUGGAAAAAUGCUGUAUCUGUCCUACAGCUAGAAAGCCAGCAUUCGUCAGAGGCACUUCAGCUUUCAGUUCAAGAAUUGGUCAAGGCGCAAAUGCUCAUUCAGAAUCUGAAAACAUUGACAGAGAAACAAGCUGUAGACCUUCUUGCCAAAGAUGAGCAGCUUGUUGCGUUACAAAAGGAGCUUUCCAACACAAGAGCUGAACUCGAGAGCGUGUCUAAGUCUCUUUCAGCUGCUGAACAGCAAAAGUGUGAACUGGAGGAGCGCAUUAAGCGCCUUGAAGAUGCUCUGAAGCACGAAAAGGAAACAAUAGCGGCGGUCAUAAGAUCGACUUCGUCCCAAAAAGAGGAUUUAUCGGCUGCAGAAAAGAAAGUGGUUUCGCUGACUACGGAAGUCACGUCUUUAAAGAGCCUUCUGGAUGGAAAGGAAGAGCUCAUAUCAGCCAUGCGUGAAGAGUCUAGGAGAAACUCAAACAUAUUGGUUUCUGCAGCCAAAACGCGUGAGGCGCUGCUGAUAGCAGAGAAAAGGAUAGAGCAGCUGACAAGUCAGGUUAAUGCACUCGACGACGAAGUAAAAUCUAGAGACUUGGUUUUGAAUGAUAUCAAAGAGGAAGCGGUGCAAAGCACCGAAGCGCUUAGACUUGCCGCUCAAAUCAAGCAGGAUCUAAAUCUUUCAAGACAAAGAGAACUGGAGCUGUCACAAGAACUAGACGGCAUGAAAAACAUGGUGAAAGAGCUUCGCCAGGAGCUGGUCGAGAACAAUCGGGCUGUGCGUGCCGAACAGGCCUUGCGUCAACUAGAAAGUGAAAUGGACGAAGUAACAGCUGAAGUAGACAUCCUUCGAAAGGGCGUUGAGGCUCGAGACGAGGCGAUCCAACUGAUGAGAGAAGAAGUCGACAGGAACAUCGAUGUUCUCAGUCACGCGGCUGGAAACAGAGAGCUUGUUCGAGAGCUUGAAGAACACAUCGACGAACUCAAGGCGGAGCUGAGGAAGAAGGACACAAAGCUUGCAGCUAUGGGCAAAGGCUUAGACGUUGGCAGCGGUGUCCCUUCUUCCUCUUCCUCGUUUCUCAAGAGUGGCCUGUACGAAGACCCGUCGUCCUCGAGUUAUACUUUCCAACCAUCGUCGUCUUCCACUCCUUCACAACCAUUUACCAGCGAGGGUAGAAAGCGGGUGAAUAGGAACUCCAGUGGAUACAAAAGAUCCCCGAGACACAGCUAGAGCUUACUGAUCCAUGCCAUCCCAGUGAGUCUUUGAAAGUUGUGAAGGUUGAUUCACAUGUAACUUUAUAGUUAUCAAAACAGUUUAAACAAUAAUUUAAAAGGAAUACUCUCUUCAUU